ACCUCACCAUUGUUGCCAAGGACAGAGGGGUGCCGCCACUCAGCUCCACUGUCAUGGUGGGAGUGCGCGUUCUGGACAUUAAUGAUAAUGACCCUGUUAUCCUGAACCUACCGAUGAAUCUCACUCUCAGCGAACAUGCCCCCAUCUCCAGCAUUGUCACUCGCAUUUUUGCCAGUGAUGCUGACAGAGGCAGGAAUGCUCUUUUAACCUUCAGCAUCACAGCAGGGAAUAUUGAGAAUGCUUUUUAUAUUAAUGGCACCACUGGCAUUGUGUACAUAAACCGCCCAUUGGACAGGGAGCGGGUGUCAGAAUAUAGGCUGACGGUGACAGUGAAGGACAAUCCAGAAAAUGCACGCAACGCAAGACGGGAUUUUGACUUGCUGGUGAUUUCAGUAGCAGAUGAAAAUGAUAAUCAUCCCCUCUUCUCUCAGAGUUCCUACCAUGCUGAAGUAAUGGAGAACUCCCUGCCAGGUGCUGUGAAAGUUAAGUCCAAUCUAAACAGGGAGCAGGUGGCCACUUAUGAACUCACAAUCUCUGUCUAUGAUAAUGCCAGUGAUGUGACGGACCGCUCAGUUAGUGUGCCAAAUGCAAAGCUGACUGUAAAUGUGUUGGAUGUCAAUGAUAAUACUCCUCGGUUCCGUCCUUUUGGAAUACUGUUUGUCACGGAGAGGAUCGUGGAAGGCGUCACUCCAGGGACCACUUUGAUAUCUGUGUCAGCUGUAGAUCCAGACAAAGGUGCUAAUGGACAGAUCACCUAUGAGCUAUUCAACCUCUCACCUGAGGGAUACGUCCAGCUUGAAGACAUCUCAGCAGGAAAGAUAGUUUCCAACAGGACAGUGGACUAUGAAGAGGUGCAGUGGCUGAAUUUCACUGUUCGGGCCUCGGACAAUGGGACUCCACGGAGAUCAGCUGAGAUGCCAGUGUACCUAGAAAUUGUGGAUAUCAAUGACAACAACCCAGUCUUCAGCCAACCAUCCUACCAGAAACCUGUCUUUGAGGAUGUCCCACUUGGCACUGUCAUUCUAAGGGUCCGAGCCACAGAUGCUGAUUCUGGACGCUUUGCCCAAAUUCGUUACAGCCUGGGAGAUGGGGAGGGCAAGUUUGGGAUUAACCCCACUACGGGGGAUAUCUACAUUCUAUCAACCCUGGACCGGGAAAAGAAAGAUCAUUAUACAUUGACUGCUGUAGCCAGAGACAAUCCAGAGGACAUUUCUAAUAACCGCCGAGAGAACUCUGUGCAGGUGUUGAUUACAGUUCUGGACAUCAAUGACUGCCGACCCCAGUUUGCCAAAAAACAGUACAGCACCAGCGUCUAUGAAAAUGAGCCAGCAGGAACUUCUGUGAUCACAAUGACUGCUACUGACCUUGAUGAGGGAGACAAUGGAGUGGUGACAUACAAUAUUGAAGGACCCGGAGUAGAGGCCUUCAAAAUUCAUAAAGACUCGGGGCUCAUAACGACUCGCAGACGUCUGCAGUCUUACGAGAGGUUCAACCUGACGGUGGUGGCCACUGACAAAGGAAGGCCGCCACUCUGGCGCACUACGAUGCUCCAAGUGGAUGUCAUCGAUAUCAAUGACAAUAGACCGGUAUUUGUCCGCCCUCCGAAUGGUACUAUCUUGCACAUUAAAGAGGAAAUCCCCCUACGAUCGAAUGUGUAUGAAGUCUAUGCCACAGACAAGGAUGAGGGCCUCAAUGGAGCUGUGCAGUAUACCUUACUCAAAACUGGUGCAGGAAAUAAAGAUUGGGAAUACUUCACCAUCGCCCCCAGCAGUGGGCUCAUUCAGACAGCAAUGAGGCUGGACCGAGAGAAACAAGCUGUGUACAGCCUGAUCAUUGUGGCGUGCGAUCAAGGCCAACCACCAUAUGAGACCAUGCAGCCCCUCCAGGUGGCACUGGACGAUAUUGAUGACAACGAACCCGUCUUCCUGAAGCCGCCUAGAGGAGGGGCGCCUUACCAGGUGCUUUCGACGCCUGAGCACUCGCGCCCUGGUACCAUUGUGGGGAACGUCACUGGAGCAGUGGAUGCUGAUGAGGGCGCCAAUGCUAUUGUCUAUUACUUCAUUGCAGCUGGUAACAGAGAGAGCAACUUCCAACUGAGUCGGGAAGGGACGUUGCACGUGUUGCGGGACUUGGACCGAGAGAAAGAGGCUUUCUAUUCUAUCAUUGUCAAAGCCUCUAGCAAUAGGAACUGGACACCCCCCCAGGGUCGUCGGGCAGCCAGGAUCCAAGCCAUGGACCUCAGCACUGACACGACCCUGCAGGAUGUACGAAUUUUUCUGGAUGACAUCAAUGACCAACCUCCCCGGUUCACUAAGUCAGAAUACACAGCAGGGGUUGCGACAGAUGCAAAGGUGGGUUCUGAGCUGAUUAAGCUUGUUGCCCUGGAUGCCGAUGUUGGAAACAACAGCCUGGUCUUGUACAGCAUUCUGGGGAUCCGCUACAUCAAGCAACAUUCCAACGACUCUGAAGAGGUGGCCAACAUUUUCAGCAUUGGUAACCUUGAUGGGAUUCUUCGGACCUUUGACCUCUUCACUGCCUACAACCCUGGCUACUUUGUGGUGGAUAUCAUAGCCUCAGAUCUGGCUGGUCAUAAUGACACUGCAGUUGUGGGCAUCUAUAUCCUGCGGGAUGAUCAGCGGGUAAAGAUCAUAAUCAAUGAGAUCCCAGAUAAAGUACGGCAAUUUGAGGAAGAGUUCAUCAGCCUCUUGUCCAACAUCACAGGAGCCAUUGUCAACACAGAUGACGUGCAGUUCCAUGUUGACAAAAAAGGCCGCGUGAACUUUGCCCAAACAGAAUUGCUGAUCCAUGUUGUGAACCGGGAAACCAAUCGGAUUCUGGAUGUAGAACGAGUAAUACAAAUGAUUGACGAGAACAAGGAACAGUUGAAGAAUCUUUUCCGGAAUUACAAUGUCUUGGAUGUUCAACCCGCCAUCACUGCCAGGGCUCCAGAUGACCUCUCAGCACUGCAGAUGGCAAUAAUCAUUCUGGCUAUUCUCCUCUUCCUGGCAGCCAUGUUGUUUAUCCUCAUGAAUUGGUACUACAGAACAGUACACAAAAGAAAAUUGAAAGCAAUUGUAGCUGGCUCCACAGGUAACCGAGGUUUCAUGGACAUCAUGGAUAUGCCAAAUACAAACAAAUAUUCCUUUGAUGGAGCAAAUCCCGUGUGGCUAGACCCUUUCUGCAGAAACCUGGAGCUGGCAGCUCAAGCAGAACAUGAAGACGACCUACCUGAGAAUCUAAGCGAAAUAACAGACCUCUGGAAUAGCCCAGCCAGGACUCACGGAACGUUUGGAAGAGAGCCUUCGGCUGCCAAACCUGAAGACGAUCGCUAUUUGAGGGCAGCCAUCCAGGAAUAUGACAACAUUGCCAAACUAGGCCAAAUCAUGCGAGAAGGGCCCAUUAAGCUGAUCCAGAAUGAUUUGGAUGAGGAGGAAGAACAAAGGAGUCCAAGCCAAGGGAGUCUUCGUUUCCGGCAUAAGCAGCCCAUUGAGCUCAAGGGACCUGAUGGGAUCCAUGUGGUCCAUGGCAGCACAGGUACUCUCCUAACCUCUGACCUCAACAGCCUUCCUGAAGAUGACCAGAAAGUGCUAGGCCGCUCCUUGGAGACACUGACUGCUGAUGGAGGGGCCUAUUGUGACAGGAACGCCCGCACCGAGUCCGCCAAAUCCACCCCUAUGCACAAGAUGAGGGAUGUGAUCAUGGAAAGCCCACUGGAAAUCACAGAAUUAUGACUAGAAGUGGCAUCACUGGUGUAGCACUCCAAGGAAGCCUGGGCCCACACAGACUGGUGCUGCAGGAGGGAGAGUACUGACCAAGGGACAAACGUGGCAGAAGAAGACCCAGAGGCCAAGGUCACCCGUGCCUGGCCACCAUGUGUUCCAGAACAAGUCUGACCAAGAUAGCCAACUGUUUUGUUAUGGCAGCCUUGGGGAGCCUAAUCCCAGGGGUGAAGGCGCUCAGGACUGUUUUGCUUUUACACCAUUAAACUCAUAACUUUUUAAUUUUAUUUUUUAAAUAUAAAGUGUUUUUUAAAAAAGCAGUGGGAGGCCCUGAGGCAUAAACAAAAGGCUAGAAUUGCAAUAAUCAUGGUGCCAUGUCCCAUUCAUGGAGCUGACUGGGCUCUCCACAUCCUGGAUCUCAUCGAUAUGUUUCUCCCACCAUCGUGGUAGUAGCCGUGGUGGGGAAAGAUGGCUGCCAACAGAAUGCAGCUAAAAUGAUCUUAGGAAUAUCAACUUACACACAGGGACUGUGUGAUAAAAACUUCAGGAAGCUCCACAAAUCUGUUUGGCAUUAAUCUGUGUUGUCACAUUUCCAGAAGGAAAAAAAACUGAAGCCAUUUUUUUUUUCAUUUUGCUGGCUUACCAAAACACUGCAGCAUCGAAAGAAACACAGCGACAUUAAUUCAGGUUCUGAACGUAGAGUGUUUGUGUGUAAUUUUCCCCCCUUCUCCUUUUGUUUUCAAGCAGUAAAGUGUUGAGCGUUUUUGGAAUGGUCUGUCAAAGGAACCAGAAAUACAUUAUACAUGAAUUUGGUUAAUUGGUGUUUUAUAUUUCCCACCUCAACAAUCUUGGGCACAGUUUUCAACACUUGUUUAGGUUGAUUGCCCCGUACCGUAUGCGCUGAGGAAUCCAAGCAAUAAUUGUGCUUAUCAAUAUAUCAGCAUGUACGUCCUCUCUCCAUAAAACUAUCAAGGAAGGGAAUUAUGACUGUGCCGUCUUCAGGAGGCU